AUGCCUGCUGUAAGCAAACGGAACCCAGUAUUGGACAACCCGGGUCUGCUCCCGAGUCCGGCUCCACCAAAAGAUCCACCGUAUUGGCAUUGGUAUUGCUCAUCAUACUGCUCCUUCAACGUUUCUCUAAACUCUCUGAAAAUGGCUGGAUACAUAUUACAGUAUAAAUCUAUACACUGGAUUCAAGUGACUUCAAGCCAUGCUUGUUGA